AUGACCGUCAGGCGACUUCUAUUGGCGCUUGAUUUCUUGCACGCUGAGGCCGAGGUUAUCCAUACUGAUCUAAAGACCGACAAUCUGAUGCUCAGCCUAGAGGAUAGCUCCAUGCUGGCAGAUUUUGCAACAGCGGAAUCCAAAAACCCAAGCCCCCGGAAGUUAAUUGACCAGUCACGUAUUAUUUAUAGCAGUCGAAAAUUUCGCAGGCCCACAGGAGGCAGAAACUACGGUCUCCCAGUCCUAUGCGACUUUGGUGAGGCAAGGAUUGGCAAAACGCAGGAGUCAGGACCUUUCGUCCAACCACAUAUAUACAGAGCGCCAGAGGUUAUUUUUGAAAUGCCUUGGGGAAGCGCUAUUGAUAUCUGGAACCUUGCAGGCCUCAUUUGGGACCUGUUCGAAGGGCAGCAUCUGUUUGGAGAUGUCUUUGAUUCCAGAGGCGGCCAUGAUCCGUUUAAGCAUCUGGCCCUCAUGGUAGCCUUGAUUGGAACACCGCCGACCGAAUUCGUGGGGCGUAGUGAGACGACGGAGCAGUGCUUUGACUUGAGUGGUGGCUGGAUUGCUCACCAUGAAGCGGCUAUACCCUCUGUUUCACUUGAGGCCCUGGAAAACCGGCUUAGUGGCGAGGAGAAAGAGCUAUUUUUGGCAUUCAUUAUGUCGAUGUUGAAAUGGAUGCCAGAGGAACGCAAGACAGCCAAACAGCUGCUUGAACAUCCGUUCUUGCUCUAG